AAGAGGAAGAGAAAAGAGAGAAAAGAGAGGAGAGAAGCUGGGAGCAGCUCAGCUCAUAUCGCAUACGUCCUGUUUGUUUACACAUACAACACUUGUAAAGUACAAGGUUGUUGAAAUAUUGUUCAAUCAGGGAUAAACUGUCCGGAAUGGAUCCUUUUACUGAGAAACUGCUGGAGCGGACCCGGGCUCGCAGAGAGAACCUGCAGAAGAAAUUGGCAGAGAGACCAAAUGCAACAAACAGGCAGAUGGUCAAGAGGCCCAGAGAGCCACUGGCUGACACCAAUAGUGUAAUCAGUGAGCCAGUCAUUGAUAAAGUUCCACAGGUGUCCUCCAAGCCUUCUCCCUCCAAGCGCAAGUGCUCAGAGGAAAAUGUCCAGCCAGCAGCCGGUGAGGAGAACCAAGAGCCAAUGAUGACACAAGCUGUGGCUCCUAUGUGCUCAGAUCCUCCCACAGACAAGAAACCCCCAGUGGGGCCUGCCACAAUUCGACCUACUUCAUCCCUGGAGAAGACUGCUACCCGACCUGCUGUCCAGUCUCAGCCAGUGCAGCUGAAGACUCCAGAGCCAGAGAAGGUGGUUGUCAGCCCUGCUCCCAAUCCUCCAUGCAGCAGAGAAGUAGAGAUGGUGCCUGCCAGUUCAGCCCUGCAGAGAAACAGGGAGGACCUGGUAGGAGACAACGCUCCUUCUGCUGCUGGCAUGAGGUCUCGUCUUCAGAGGCUAGCAGAUCAGAGAAAGUAUUGGGGAGGCGACGACAUGUCUGAUGAAGUUCCAGACUGCACUCCUCUGUCCCUGUUGAAGAGACAGCCUGAGGUCAUACCAGCUGCCGUCCCCACUGUGUCCUCCUCAGAAACUCCAGUAGGGAGGAGAGGAAGACUUGCCAAUCUCGCUGCCACCAUUGGAUCCUGGGAAGAUGACCUAAGCCAUGCUAACAUUCCCAAUGAGAAAACAAAAGAGAAGCCUGGUACAGCAGUGUCCAAGUUUGCAGUCAGAGAUGCUACUGUGGCUGCCAGCAAUAAACCAAGUGCUGCAGGCCAUGUGGUGGCCAGUUUAACUGCAAGCAGCAAGUCUACACCAGGCUCUCAGCAGGCUCCAGUAAAGUCGAGCAAAGUGGUUCUUCCAAGCCCUCAGAAGGCUGACAUUCCUGCAGCCAGGCCAGAGUCUGUAACCAGUCCCCAGAAGAGUUCCAGCCAGGGGAUGACUUUCCCCUCUAGUCCCCAGAAGAGUUCCAGCCAGGGGAUGACUUUCCCCUCAAGUCCCCAGAAGGCUGCCCCCUCCUCCUCGAAAUUUGUGCCUCAAAGUCCCCUUAAGAAUCAGGUCCUCUCCAGGGGUCUCGGCCCCAUUUCCAUCCCCCAGAAACCACAACUCCCUGCCAAGCCCACCAUUGCUGACCCCUGUGUCCCUCAGGAACCAGCCCCUGCUGGAGCACCUGGUGUAAAAUCUUUUUUGGAGCGCUUUGGAGAACGGUGCCAGGAGCGUUCCAACCAGAGCUCCCCAGCAGGGGGACUUUCCGUUGCCAAGACUCCCACUGUAACUCCAUCAUCAGUCGAACCAAAUACCAGGCUGGUCCAGGACAGGCUUAGAGCGGCCCAGGCUGCAAACACAAGCACAGCUGAUCUCACCCAAAGACAGAAGCUGGAGCGAGAGUCUGAGCUGGCUCAGAUUCGCAGUCGCUUUCAGAAAGGGAUGAAUAUGUGGAAAAACAAAGAUGAAGCUGCAGAAACCAAUAAAAACACAGACAUCAAGGAACAGCUAGACAAGCCUGUGGAGGCUGAGGUUGCCCUAUCUGAGCCGCAGGAUGAACCCAAACCACCCCCUACUGAGAGUACUGAUACUCCCACAAAGUGCAUUCCUCCAGGUCAUGGGUUGAUGGUCUCGCCUCCAGCCUCAACAUCCAGUCCUCUGAGAGUGGUCAGCCAUACUGUGGAGGAAACAACAGAUGAAACCCCAGAGGAAGAGGGGGUGGUGGAGAGAGAGAUGAACGUGGACCAGUCCAUCAACUCUGCAGUUAUCAACGAGCUAUUUGAUGGAGUCCUAGAUCAGAGUGAUGGUGAUGAUGAUGAUGAUGAUGCGGAAGGUGAGGAGGAAGAUGCUCUGAAUAUCUCCUCCAUGUCCCUACUCACUCCACUAGCGGAGACUGUGGCCACUGUGCUCAAGAGUCCAGAGAGAAAAAUGAUGACAUCCACCCCAGCCAGCUCAUUCAUUGUAAAGAGCAACACUCCAGACAAUGUUUCCAGACCUAGCAAGUUCCAGAGAACCAACAUGAUCCGGACUGCCUCAUCAGACAGCGUUGAGACCUUAGACGAGGAUCACAAACUGCCAUAUAGCAUCAAUGCCUAUAGGUCCACCAGGGUUAAAGAGACAGAGAGACCCAAUGUGAAACAGGUGAUUGUGAGAAAAGAGGACAUUUCUCACAGAGCGGAGGAACCCAAAGGAUCCAGUCUCUUCAGUAUCAAACAGAAGAUGAAGAUUCUGACAAAUGAGAUGAACCUGCAGCAGACAGUCAUUCAUCAGGCCAGUCAGGCACUCAACUGCUGCACAGAUGAAGAGCAUGGCAAAGGAUCCCAGGUGGAGGCGGAGGCAGAGAGGCUGCUGCUGGUGGCAACGGAGAGAAGGGAAGCGUUGAAGGCAGAGCUGGACCGUCUGAAAGGAGACCCAACAGGCCAGAAAAAGGCCUCUGCAGCACCAGAACCUACGAGCACAUCUGCUUCCAAGGGCUCUGUCACUCUGCAGGAGCUGCGCCUGCCUCUCAAGGCAGACUUUGUUUGCUCCAUUGCCAACAAGCCCGAGUCAACCAAACAUUCCUUCUUCUUGAUGAUUCGUGCUGGAGCAGAGAACACAGUGGCCACACCAUUAGCCAGCACACACCGUGGCCUCAGCGGGGACACCCUGGCUUUCCCUACCAAGUUCACCAUAUCGGAUGUCUCCAGCGACUUUGGAAUUGAUAUCGAGGUCUAUUGCUUGGUGCAGAAGCGUGACUUCUGCAGUGACAAAAAGAAGAAACCCAGCAAGUCAAAGACAAUAUGGAGACAGGUUCAUGAGGCCCAUGACUUGUGUAUGUCGGCUAUUACUCCAAAGAGAUUCCUCGCCAUCACUAAAAGUGUCCAGACACCAGUUGUGGCCAGUCCAGGAGGACCCAACGCUGUGCGCACCAGUCACUUUGUCCUGGUCGGAUCACACAAGCUCAACCUGUCCUCUAUUGGGAAAAACAAAUUUCCUUUGGAGAAGAUCAAAUAUGAAAGAAGUGAAAGAGAACUACUCAGUCGCAUGUUUCAUACCAAGGUGCCAUUCCUGUGUCCUCUGGAGGGCCACGUCUACCUCAAGAUGCAGUGUGAAGUUGGCUCAAAAGUGGAGGAGAAGGGCUUCCUGACGAUGUUUGAAGAUGUGAGUGGAUUUGGAGCCUGGCACAGGAGGUGGUGUGUCUUGUCAGGAUACUGCAUCUCCUACUGGACCUACCCAGACGAUGAGAAACGCAAGAAUCCCAUUGGUCGCAUCAACCUCGCCAACUGCACCAGUAAGAAGGUGGAACCAGCCAACCGAGAGUUUUGUGCCAGACCCAACACGUUUGAGCUCAUCACGGUCAGACCACAAAGAGAGGAUGACAAAGAAACACUAGUCAGCCAGUGCAAGAACACCAUGUGUGUCACCAAAAACUGGCUGAGUGCAGACACAAAGGACGAGAGGAAUCUGUGGAUGAAGAAGCUGAACCAGAUUGUGGUGGAUCUGCGUAUGUGGCAGCCAGACGCCUGUUACAGGCCGAUUUAAUCACUGCACUUCCACAGCGGGCCCUACUGCCUUUUGGACUGUCACUAUCAGUGACCCACAGUUACAAAGUGCAAUACAGUAUACAAAUUUGUUAAAUAUUUUGACUUGUGGAUAUUUUACAGGAUUAGUAAUUCAACACAAGUUAUAGAUCAGAGGAAGGUAAAUAAAGCCAUACAUUUGAAACUUUUCAGUACAGUAUUUUGUGUAGGAGUCGGAGUUUGGCACACUUUUUUUUCCUCUCUACAUUUCCAGGCUGGUUUGAUGUUUUUGGGUGUUGUUGAGUUGUAGCCUUUUUAUGGUAAUGCCAAUAUUUGGUGUUUUUGAAACACAAUGCAUGACUUAAAUUAUUUGGUUUCAAAGCUGAAAUCAAUAUAUAUAUAUAAGUGUUGGAAUUAUAGAAUAAUACUAAUUUUAGGCACUGCAGUCAUUUUACCCUGCAUGACGAUACAGAACAAUACUGAGACUUUUGGUAAGUUUUUUUACAUUAUAUAUUAGCUUUUCUAAUUUGUGGCAAAACUUGACCACGGUUUUACUUCAUAGUCAUGCACAGAUUUUUGAUACCAUUUGAUACACCAGCUUUCAUUUUAUUUGUAAUGUUAUUAUGUAAUCGUUUCAGUGUAUAAGGUAAAGAUUUGGAUAACUGGGAGUAAGGACUUUUACAUAUUCUGCGCUAGAACCUGAUCAACAGUCAUUUUUAUGGAAAUGUGUAAAUAAAAAACAUUUUGACAAAGGGUCCAAUUUUCAGUGCAACAGGAACUGAAUCAGAAUGUUCUACACUGUAAACAAAAAGUGCCAUCUGAUGGACAAACUAUGUAACAGCAACACUGUUUAAUCUUACUGUUUAAUUCAUAUCAGCAUAUACGCUGAUUCUUCUAGAUUUGUUUUAAGGUUUUUGCGUGCUAAUCUAUCAGCAAUGCUUUACUCGAUAGCUCAUGUGUUGAGUUUUUUUUUAAGAUUGCUUGUUUGUAGUAACGUCCACAAGAAGUUGUGUUCUAUCAGUCUAUAAUUCUUAAUGGCUGUAAGUUUGAAUUUAUUUAUUCUUAAAGGGGACAGGAUCUUUUAUAGGAUCAUUAAGCUGUGGUGUAGAGCACAAACAUUCUUGACUAUAUUUUCCUCUCUUCCCUUGGGUUACUUAUGCAGAGUAUUUAACAGAUUUUACAGUCACCCUGCAGAUUUUUACUUCAGUUCAAGUAAAAGAUGACUUUUUUCAUCAUGUUUAUAAUAAAUGCAAACCACACUAGAUGUAAUGUUUAUGCAUACUCUACAUACAUUUGCAUCAAGAAGAAUACAAGUAAGCAGGAAAAAUGUAAGAGUGUUCAACAGAUGAAUCUAUUCCUAAAGUUUCUCAGGUAUUUGUGGAUCUGAGACUUCAAUAAAUGCCUGCUUUGACCAAAAAACAUUAAAAUUCCUUUCAUCAUUUUGUCAAAAUGUAUCACUUAGUUCAGUCUACUAUGUGUUUUGAUGGUGAUAAAAUCCAGAUGUCUUUCAUGUACUGCAAAAUAAAAGAAAUUUUACAUUUUUA